AUGAUAGUUAUAGGAGCAUGGAAUAUCAGAGGUAUGAACUCUGAUGCAAAACAAUCUAAAAUAAGGAACUGGAUCAAGAAUAACGAAGUAUCUAUUUUUGGACUCUUGGAAACUCGUGUAAAACAGAAAAAUGCUGAUAGAAUUGCUAGAACCAUUGGGCCCUAUCUAGUUAAACUAGACAACUAUGCAUGCCAUCAUAAUGGAAGGAUUUGGAUUUUUUGGGAUCCGUCAAAGGCAUCUGUGAAAACUAUUAAGUUGUCAAGUCAAUUUUUACAUACUGAAAUUGUUGAUACACAGUCUUCUUUAUCAUUAUUAGCUACUUUUAUCUAUGCUAGUAAUUCUAUUGAUGGAAGAGAAUGCCUGUGGCAUGACCUAGUACAAUUAAAUGUGGACAGUAACUGCCCAUGGAUUGUUCUUGGUGACUUCAACACAGUACUAAAAAUCGAUGAAAAGAUUGGGGGACUUACGGUAAAUCCCAGGGACCGCUCAUUUGGGAAUUGUUUGUUUGAUUGCGGCUUGGAUGAUCUUAAAUGGAGAGGCUUGAAAUAUACAUGGACAAACAAGCAGGAUGGCAUCCACAGAAUUUGUUGCAAGCUGGAUCGGGUAUUAGUUAAUUAUGCAUGGAAUAUGAAACUAGGGGGCACAGAGGCUUUGUUUCUCAAUCCUAGUAUCUCUGACCACUCUUCUAUGGUCAUUCCUCUCUACAAGGGUGUCUCUCGCACCCCGAGACCUUUUCGCUUCUUUAAUCAUCGGGUGAAACAUCCUACUUUUAUGGGCAUAGUACAAGAGGAAUGGGCUACCCCAAUGUUUGGUAAUCCUAUGUAUAUCCUAACUCAAAAGCUUAAGUGCUUAAAAAAUCAUUUCAAAUCUUGGAACCGUGAAGCCUAUGGAAAUAUAUCUGCAAGAAUAAAGGAUCUCAGAAAUCAGCUUGCUAUGGUUCAACAAGCAUUUGAUUUGCUACCUACGGACAGAGAGCUACAAGUCAAGGAAUCAAGCAAAUCUCAGGACUUAUUCGAGGCACUUACUGUAGAGGAAUCAGCUCUUAGACAAAGAUCAAGAGACCUGUGGCUACAGCUUGGAGAUUUGAACAAUGGUUACUUCUAUAGGUCCCUUCAAUCUCGUAGAGCUCACAACAAAAUUUUCAGGAUCAUGGACAUACUGGGGAGGAUGUUAGAAGACGGGCAUGACAUCAAGCAUGAAACUAUCAGUUAUUUCCAACAACUUUUUGCCUCUCAAGGCCAACCUUCAUCCGCUCCCCUUGAGGUCAACCCACCUAAAGUACUUAAUGAUGAGCAAGUUGCUUGGCUUUCAAAUGAUAUCUCCUCCAAUGAGAUCAAGAAUGCUUUCUUUAGUAUCAAUGGUGACAAAUGCCCGGGACCUGAUGGCUUUACAGCUUGCUUCUUCCAACAUUCAUAG